ACCUCGUCGGAGAUGAUAUCAUCCAUACACGACUCCAGUAGUUUUGUUAAGUUCGUAUACUUCAGUGACUCGAUCGAGGCUGAAAAGAACUAGGUAGUAGUCUGGCUUUUCUUAUAACCAUAUUUGAGUAUUUAUUAUUAAGUUGGUGUACCUAUUUUGUACUGUAUAAACGUUAACAAUGACAACAGUUUCUCUUGAAAUUGAUAAGGAUAGAAAGCUACAAUAUAAGGAAUACGUAAAUUUUUUGGAUAAUUAUAGAAGUGGUAAAAGCAAUAAGUGUGAUUUUAAAUCUUGUUCAUCAUCGAGUUCGAUAACUAGUGACAAUUCGGAUUUCAACGAAAUGCCCACGAAGAGUUUUAAAGAAUAUUUGCAGGAUUAUAACAACAAAAAAUAUCAACCGGUACAACCAAAUUUUAUGAAGAAGAAUGACGAACCAAAAAAUGUUAAGACUGAGGUAUUUAUACAAAUUAAUAAUACAGCUAAUUUAGAAAAUGACAAUCAAAUAAAAAUUACAAUUCCCAAACCUAAAAUAGAUGAUAUUGAUGGCGAAAAAAUCAAAGUAUCUGUCGGAAAACUAUCACAAAAAUUUGAUAACAAAUCACAUUCAUCAAAUUUUAUUAAAAGGAGUUCGAGUAUAACAGAAAAAACGAAAAUAUUUGAAGAAAAAUCCGAUGAAAAUGGACAUUUGAUCAAUAUGAACAUAAAAAAUUACACAGAAAAAUUUCCCAAAAAUGAUAUAGCGUCAAAAAAGAAAAUCAAUGGUCACAGACAGAAUCCAACUUUUAUUGAAAUAAGGAAACAGGAACUACAAAAUGGAUCAAAUAUGAAGGACUUACCACAUUUCAAGAAUAAUAAUUCACAUACAGUUCAACGAUCAGAUCCUGAGAUAUCAGAUGAUAUAGAACCGAUUGGUAUCAAUGGUAACAUGACCACUCCAACUAAAGAACCUAUUUGUGCAAGUAAACAAGAAAAUUUAAAACUGGAAAUAAACAAGUCCAAUUGUGAAAUACCCCCGCCUCCACCACUACCGCCACUAAAUCCUCAAACAAAAAAUGAGAUAAAAAUCAUUACUCCUCAACCAAAACCCUUUCAGUCAAAAGCUCCUAGUGAAACAAUUGAACCGAAAGUUCAUCCUGCCAGUUCCAAUCCUACCCCAAAGAUAUCAAAUGGAUACAGCACUCUUCCGAAAAUGCAGAAUCAAGAAAACACAUUAUCUCCAAUUAUAGAUAAAAAGGACCCUAGGGUUAAAAAAAUGGUAUACGGAGCUUUAAGAGGGAUGUAUGGAGCUUAUCACGACAGAGCUAAUGAUUAUUUAGCAACGUUACCAAAAAAUAGAGUAAAAAAGAACAAUGGACUUGACAGCAUCAUAAGCAGUAUAGCCGCCCAAGGUGGUCUGGAAAAACUAAGUGGAAGAGCAAAUCCAAAGAGUGAGACUGAACAAAUAUAAACAUUUAAUUUAUUUAUAACCAUUAUUUUCUGUGAAAAUUAUUUUUAAAAAAUUUAUUUAUAUUUGUAUAUGUCCCGUAAAAGCUUUUACUUGUAUAUAAAUGAUAAUAGCUUUGCUUUCAUUGUAUUUUUAAAUAUUCAGAAUUAUACUGAUAAAAUAUAAUUGUAUUUCUAAGAAAGUGGAGUUUUAUUUUCGAAUAUGUGUUUAUUGU